AUGAUUCAGAUCUCAUCAUCACAUCCACUCGAAAGUGGGAAAAACCCAUUAUCUUCUGUACAUAACUAUUUUAUAUACAACAUCACAUCGUUCCAAGUUCUUCUCUCCAACCGAGUCAUCUCACUGACUCGGUCAGGUCAACUCAGAUCCAAACCCGACCCGGUAACAAGGCCAGGGUCACUUCUCCCGGCGACCACUUUAAUCUCCACCGUUGUCACCGCCACGCGUGCUCAGCCCUGGCCCCAGCAACUCAAGUACAUCACUUUCCUCAGAGAAUCGUCGGCUUGCGCCACCCUAUUCUCCACGUCGGAGCUCCCCGUCACGGGGCCAGCCAUGUCAGAUCUCACAACACCGGACAAAGGGCGCAGCUCCGACAGGGCUCCGCCAGAGAAGAGGCGGCUGCGGUUUUGGUGGAUGGAGUUAAGCGCCGUCUUGCACUUGUGGCCGGGAUCGGUGUGA